AUGCUAGGCAAGAUCGCACUCGAAGAAGCCUACGAAGUGGCCGGCAUGGAGGACAAAUCCCGCCGCGAAGCCGCCCUUUACAUCAACCCCAGCGACCGCGAUCGUUACAUGCGUCAGAUUAGCGAUGUGAACUCGGAGCGCGUCAAGUUGGCAGACGACCACGGCAUCGGCUACACCAUCGUCUCCCUGACGGUUCCCGGGAUCCAGGGCAUCGCCGACCAGGCCGAGGCCGAGCGCCGUGCCGCGGAGGUGAACGACUGGGCCCACGACCAGGUCAAGUCCCGGCCCGACAAGCUCGGCGCCUUUGCGUGCCUGUCGAUGCACGACCCCGCCCAGGCCGGCCGCGAGCUCACCCGCUGCGUCAGGGAGCUCGGCUUCCACGGCGCGCUGCUCUGCGACUUCCAGCACGCGGGCCCCAACGGGGAGACUUACAAGUUCUACGACCAGCCGGAGUACGACGCUUUCUGGAGAGUCGUGACCGACCUCGACGUCCCCGUGUACAUCCAUCCCGCCGCGCCGGCAGAUGUGGUGUACGACAAGCUGUACGCGCAGCGCAAGUACCUCGUCGGCCCCCCUCUCAGCUUCGCCAACGGCGUGAACCUGCACCUGAUGGGAAUCAUUUCCAACGGUGUGUUUGACCGGUUCCCGAACCUCAAGAUCAUCGUCGGUCACCUGGGAGAACAUAUCCCCUUCGACCUCCCUCGAAUUCAUCACUGGUUCGAAGACGUCAAGAAGCCUAUUGCCAAGGAAGAAGGCAACGAGGAUCGCAUGUGCAAGAAGACCGUCUACGACUACUUUAAGCACAACAUUUGGGUCACCACCAGCGGCCACUUCUCGACGUCGACACUCAGGUACGUGGUGGACGAGAUUGGCGCCGACCGCGUGCUUUUUAGCGUCGAUUAUCCGUACGAGACGAUCGAGAACUGUUCCGCCUGGUGGGAUGGCAAGGCGGAAGAGGUCAAGAAAGCCGUCGGCGGUGUUGAGAACUACCGCAAGAUUGGAAGGGAUAACGCAAAGAAGCUGUUGAAACUGAACAAGUUUCACGACUCCGACGCCCCUGUCUCUUGA